AAAAGGUCUUAUUAGGUUAUUUAUGGUCAAUUCUCUUCUUCUUUUUUUUCAUAUCGAUGCUAGACACCAUGUCAAUUCCAGCGGCCUCCAGCUCCGAGAAGACACCACAAGGAGAUAAUUAUCAGCCAUCCUCAUGUUUCUCUUCCUUGCCUGACGAUAUCGUUUUGAACUGCUUAACCCGCGUUCCGAGAUGCGAUGACCUAAACAUCUCUUGCGUCUCCAAAACCCUAAGGUCACUCGUGCGUUCCCCCGAGCUCUGCCGUCUGCGAUCUCUUCUCCCCAAGAAGUCCGUCUAUCUCUUCUAUUAUCACCGCCACCAAGACACCGAAAGAUGUCACUAUAUCACUUUGCGUCGGGGUGAUGAGAAGAUCACUACUCAUGAUGAUGACUAUCAGGUGGAACAUAGAUCUUGUUCACUGGCGGCGGGUCUCCUGACCUCUCCUUGUUUCGCUAAGUUCUCUUCUUAUGCCGUCUCGGUGGGAUCAAUGAUCUAUUUCCCUGAUCACGGAUCUCCUCUUCCCUCCAAGAACUUUUGGGUCCUUGAUACUCGAUCCGUUACUCUACUACGGAAGGGUCCAUGCAUGAAAGUUGCUAGGUGGGCACGUGACGAAGCGAUGGGAGUGGUCGAUGGGAAGAUAUACGUGAUUGGAGGAAGUGGUGUAGAGAGCCAAGUGGAAGUAUUCGAUCCGGAAACACAAACCUGGGAGUUCGCAGGCGAGGAGAAAGUGCGAUGCGGGUCGCGGUUUAGUGCGUCGAUGGAGCGCAAAGUUUACAUGGUGGACUCACGACAUGGGAGGAUCAGUGCGUAUACCCCGAGAGAAGGUAUAAGCAAUGAGGCGACGGAGAGGCUAAGUGAUAACAUGAACUGCAUGUGUGUGGUGGAGAAUGUGUUGUAUGCUUGUUUUAAGUCGAGUGGUUUAAUGUGGUUUGACACAAAGCUCAAGGUUUGGAGAAGAUUGGUUGAUUCUGAUGGGAAGGUAUCAUUUUUUUCUUUAAAAAAUGCUGAAAAAAUGGCCGAGUACGAGGGGAAGUUAGCGGUUUUCUGGACACGGAUUUUAACUGAUGUGAUGAAGACGGAGAUUAGGUGUAAAAUGAUUGCAUUGGAUAGGGUAGGAGAUGAGAUUCGUGGGAAGAUCGAGAGGUUUGAUAUUGUGGCCACAUCCCCGCAUGUCAUUACUUUAAGCCAUUGUUUAGUUUUGUCGGAUUGA